AUGUCUACUGAAGCCGAAUGGGGAGAAAUGUUCAAAAUGAUGGACGAAUCUGGCAGUGGAACCAUCCCUGCUGAAAAGUUUCCAGGCUGCGUUCGCGGUGCCGGUCUUUACCCAACCGAAGCCAACAUUAAGGAAAUGUUGGAGAAGUCUAACGGAGCCUCUGGAAAGGUCACAUACGAUGAUUACAUGACGCAAAUGAGAUGGCUGGCGAACAAGUACCCCAUUGAUAUUGAUCAAGUGGGUGAGUCAUUCAAGAUGUUCGAUAAGGAUGACAAUGGAACGAUCAGCAAGUCCGAACUUCAACACGUUCUCUGUGGUAUGGGCGACCGAUUGAAUGCUGAAGAGGCCGAAGAAUUCAUCAAGGAGGCUACUAUUGAUAAGAAUGGAAACAUCAAGUACAUGGACUUUUUGAGAGAGGUCAUCAACUAA